AAUAACCGGCAACUUAACCCCUUUGACGUCUCGAGAAGGUCCAUCUAGCGACAUCUAGUUCACCUCCUGUGUGUGGAGGGUGCGAGGAAGCCUUCCUUUAUCCACGUUCACGCUUUACAGGAGCCUAUAUAGAGCGGCGCUUGUGAAGCUAUCCCACAGACUCAUCCCAUCUCAUGAGCAGCAGCAGCGACUGCUCAGCGCGCCGCAAGAAGAGUAUGGUAAUACAUGAACGCCGCUGACGGUAGGAUAUGGCAGAUAAGCGAAAGCUACAAGCGGAGAUUGAUCGCUGCCUCAAGAAAGUGAGCGAAGGCGUCGAGAUUUUUGAGGACAUCUGGCAAAAGCACGAUCGCCUUUUCCAGGUGCAUAAUGCAGCCAACAUCAACCAGAAGGAAAAGUAUGAGGCUGAUCUUAAAAAGGAAAUCAAGAAGCUUCAGAGGCUUCGAGACCAGAUCAAAACAUGGCUCACCUCCAACGACAUCAAGGACAAAAGGCAGCUAAUAGAAAACCGCAAGCUGAUAGAGCUGCAAAUGGAGAGAUUCAAGGUGGUGGAGCGUGAGACGAAAACCAAGGCCUACUCCAAGGAGGGGCUGGGCUCCGCUGUCAAGGUCGACCCGGCGCAAAAGGAGCGCGAGGAGAUCAGCCAGUGGCUCACGAACACCAUCGACAACCUAAACAUGCAGGUGGACCAAUUUGAGAGCGAGGUGGAGUCGUUGUCGAUAGUUUCCAAGAAGAAGAAAAGCGAAAAGGAGAAGGCCGACCGCGUAGAGGUUCUCAAGCGGCAGCUGGAGCGGCACCGCUGGCACGUGGGCAAGCUAGAGACGCUGCUCCGCAUGCUGGACAACCAGACGGUGGAGGUGGACGCCAUCCGCAAGAUCCGCGAUGACGUCGAGUACUACGCGGACUCGUCGCAGGACCCGGACUUCGAGGAGAACGAGUUCAUCUACGACGACAUCAACAUGGACGAAAUCGGCCUGGCUGCGGUUCUGGCUACUUCUCCAGUCAGCAACAGCCUCAAUGACGACGAAGUUUUUAACCAAUCAAGCAGCACUCCGACCUCCACCACGUCAUGUUCGCCCGUGCCCAUCCCGAACGAGAACCACGAAAACCACCACCAGGACAAGAGGAGGAGCAAGUCGACGGACAGCGAGUCAAUGCAGUCUCCUGCGAAGGCGCUGUUAACGAAAGCGCACCACGCGACCGUCGGGGGGACGCCAGUGUCGCCCAUCAUCCAGAAUACAUCUGGGCGGACUCUAAGCAAAUCGGAGAGCAGCGCGGGUGGCAGUGGCGGAAGUGGCGGUGGUAGUGGCAGUAACAGCAAAAUAGGCGCCAGCAAAUCAUCCACGACGAAUCCUGCGUCAUCGCAGGCGCCGUCAGGUCCCGCGUACUCCGCCGCCGUUUCGGGCGUGACGCCGACAACCGGCGCGAGCGGGGGUGCUGGCGGCCUGCCCGCGGGAUCGUCCCCGGGGUCGGCAGGGGCGGCGCCGCCGGCGCUGUCGUCGUCGACGUCCGGCACGACGGGUGGCGCCAGCUCGGUGUGGAUCACCAGCACCAACGGCCCCGGCGGCGGUGCCGGCGGCGGCAGCGGCAGCGCGUGGGGUUUGUUGGGGCACGGCAGCGGCGUUUGGAACUCGAGCGCCGGCGUGUGGGCGCUGAACGGCGUCGCGGGUGGCGCGACCUCGGCUGGCGGCGGCAGCAGCAGCAGCAGCACCAGCAGCAUAGCGGGAGGUCCGGGGGGCGGCGGCGGCGGCGGCAGCGGAGGCAGCGGCGCGGUGGGCAGCGCGCCGUUGUCGCUGGCGCCGGGAGCGGGCAACGCGGCGCAACCGAGGCCGGGCUCGGCGAACCAGGCGGCGUCCGCGGCAGCAACUGCAGCGGCCGCUGCAGCGGCGAGCAGGCAGCUCAACGGUGCCAACAGCUACAGCUCCGUGGUGGCAGAGUCCCGGGAAGACUCUCCGCAGGUCGUCAACUCGGACUCGCCGAGCAGCCAGCCCAACGUCGCCCCCUCGCCUCCCCUCUUAAAGGAGACGCCGGACGCCAUCGCGGCCCCUCCUCCCGCGAGCCCCGGGCCGUCGUCGUCGGCGGUGGCGUCGGUGGCGCAACCCAGCGGCCCGCCGACCUUGGAGAGCCCCGACCUGACGGAAACCAAGGCGAGCUCGGAGAUGCGGAACGGGCCCCAGAGUUACGGGGCAAGCCCCUCACCCGACCAUAUCACCAAGGACUCGCUGAGCUCACUGAAGAGCAUGGCGGAGAAGGCUGCAGCGGAGGCUGGACUCGAGGGGCAGAUGCAGUCGCUCCACCUCACGGACAGAGACCUGUUUGUGGGCCCGGGCCGCCCUCCCAGCCCCGUCACAAAAGAGGCCCACGUGCAGCCGUUGCUGGGCGUGUGCCCGCUGGGUGCCACUCCGCUCGGCAAGGAUAACGUGUACCAGCAGGGCAUGCUGGAGGCCUCUUGGAGGCACAUGCCACAUCCGUCCGACGCCGAGAGGCUCAGGCACUACCUUCCCCGGAACCCGUGCCCGACCCCAUCGUACCACCACCGCGUGCCACCCACCCACUCGGACACGCUCGAGUUCUACCAGCGACUUUCCACUGAGACACUGUUCUUCAUCUUCUACUACCUGGAGGGCACCAAGGCGCAGUACCUUGCGGCCAAGGCCCUGAAGAAGCAGUCGUGGAGGUUCCACACCAAGUACAUGAUGUGGUUCCAGCGGCACGAGGAGCCCAAGACCAUCACGGACGAGUACGAGCAGGGAACAUAUAUCUACUUUGACUACGAGAAGUGGGGCCAGCGCAAGAAGGAAGGGUUUACAUUCGAGUACCGGUACCUGGAGGACAGGGACCUGCAAUGAGGAGGAGGAGGAAGAGGAGGAGGAGGCAGCGAUGGAGAAAGAAGGCGUGGGUGGGGGGGGUUGGUGGUGGUGGUGGGCGGUGGACGGUGAAGAAGGAGGGCGACUUCUUUUCUCACCCGGUUCCCCCUCGCCCCCCUCUCCCCCCUCCCCCCCCCCCCUCGGGUGGACUUGCAGGGGGACCACAAACACUCGCUCGCCCGCCUACGUACACGCACACACACGCACUCACGCGCACACACACACACACGGGAGCCGGCACUCGACAAAGCCAGCAUCGGAUUCCUCUGGCUGUGGAUUCCCCCCACACGCGCAGAGCACAGGGAUUCCGUGCCGAGGAUACCGAGCUUUGUUUUGUAUAUUAUGUACUCUUUUGCUUUUUAAAAAAGAGAAAAAAUUGUGCACAUAAUAAUGUAUGGGAGGCGUGACUCCUGUGAUGUGUACAUUGCUGAGAACACGAAUGCAAGUAUUUAGAUCUUGUAAGAAAUAAUAAACUGUUUGUUCCUUUUGCAACG